AUACCAACUUAAAAUACCCAAUUAUCCAAUUCCAAAAUAGAAAAAAAAACAUUAAGAGCAAAAACCUUGUACUGAAUAUUCAUAAACGGCUUGUUCCUUGUGCUUGCCUUGUUGGCGCUAAAACCAUCAUGACCGUCGCUAAAGCCGUUAUUAGCUCGAGCUUGAGCAAUAGCAGCAGCAGCAGUAGUAACACUAAUAUCACGUACCAAUGGGGCGGCCAAAGAUGUUGGAGACCCAUUUCUCUCCCAAUCCCAAAACCCAACUCCCAGAACCUGACAAUCACCACCAGAAACCGCUCCUCACUAAUUCCCAGGGCAUCUGGAGCUCCCUCUGAAAGCAACAAUGGCGGCAGUAGCAGCAAUAAAACCAAAACCAAGAACAAAACCAUUGAUCCUCCUCCGUCUGCUUCUUCUUCUGGUAACGAGAAAAUUGAUACCAGUAAUAAGAUUCAAGAAGAGCAAGAGCAGAAGCAGAAGCAGCAGCGGAGAUUGGACCUGGAAGAUGUGAACCCAGUUGGGCUCGGUCGAAGAUCGCGCCAACUGUUUGAUGAAGUGUGGCGCAAGUUCUCUGGACUCGGGCAGAUCUCGAGAACCAGUCGUGCCGAUGAAAGAGACGCGCUUGACGCUCUUCUCAUCAGGGAAGGACCCAUGUGCGAGUUCGUCAUUCCCGGCGCCCAAAACACCACCGUUUUGGUCGUCGGAGCCACUUCAAGCAUUGGCCGCAUAGUGGUCCGCAAGCUCAUGCUCAGAGGCUACACUGUUAAGGCUCUGGUGAGGAAGGCUGAUCAGGAAGUGGUGGAUAUGUUGCCGAGAUCGGUGGAGAUUGUGACUGGGGAUGUGGGUGAUCCUGCUACGCUAUACGACGCCGUACAAGGCUGUAACAAGAUUAUCUAUUGUGCUACUGCACGCUCUACUAUCAGCGGGGACCUCUACAGGGUUGAUAACAGAGGGGUCUACAACCUCACCAAAGCAUUUCAGGACUACAACAACAAAAUGGCGCAAUUACGAGCAGGGAAAAGUAGUAAGAGCAAGCUUACAAUUACAAAGUUCAAGUCUCCAGAGUCGGUUGAUGGAUGGGAAGUUCGUCAGGGGACUUACUUCCAGGAUGUGGUUUCUUCCAAGUAUGAUGGAGGAAUGGAUGCUAAGUUUGAGUUCACUUUUACGGGAGAUGCUGUUUUCUCAGGAUAUGUUUUCACCAGGGGAGGGUAUGUUGACCUGUCGAAGAAACUUUCACUUCCUUUGGGUCGUACUCUUGACAGGUAUGAAGGUCUAGUUCUUUCUGUUGGUGGGAAUGGAAGGUCUUAUAUAUUAAUUCUUGAAGCUGGUCCAUUAGCGGAUACAUCUCAAAGUAAAUUAUACUUUUCUAGAUUCAGCACAAAAGCAGGAUUCUGUAGGGUCAGAGUACCAUUUUCAUCAUUCCGCCCCGUGAAACCAGAUGAUCCACCAUUAGACCCAUUCCUAGUACAUACAUUAACCAUACGUUUUGAGCCCAGAAGACAGAAAGCUGUUGAAUCACGUACAGGAGUGAAGCAAGACCCAAGAAGCUUUAAGCUUAUUCUGGAAUACAUAAAAGCUUUGCCAACUGGACAAGAAACGGACUUCAUUUUAGUUUCAUGUACGGGAUCAGGAAUAGAACCAACUAGAAGGGAGCAGGUUCUUAAAGCCAAGAGGGCUGGAGAAGAGUCAUUGCGAAAAUCAGGGCUUGGAUACACAAUCAUUCGUCCUGGUCCCCUAAAGGAAGAACCAGGUGGACAACGUGCUCUCAUAUUUGAUCAAGGAAACAGGAUUUCUCAGGGGAUCAGCUGUGCUGAUGUAGCUGACAUCUGUGUGAAGGCAUUGCAUGAUUCAACUGCAAGGAACAAAAGUUUUGAUGUAUGCUAUGAAUACGUUGCCGAUCAAGGGAAGGAACUUUAUGAGCUGGUAGCACAUUUGCCUGACAAAGCCAAUAACUAUCUGACACCGGCACUGUCGGUUCUAGAGAAGAAUACCUGAUCAUGCUGAGCAUGGAUGAUGUACGUUAGUAAGAUAAGAGUACAUUUGUAAAGCUGCAUAUAGAGCAUAUCUUUUUAUCUUCGCAACCCAGACACAGGCAAUUGUCUUUCUAUAGCGCUCGUGAAUUGCUGUAAAAUUCAUAUGUCGAUCCCCAGAUGGGUAUGAAUUUUUCAUUGUCAUGAA